UUGGUAUGGCACUUCCUUUCGCAAUUCUGUGUUUUCAUUUACCUACUUGGAGUUCUUCCGAGUUCUUCGCAUCUUUUGUUAGUGCUCUUGCAUGCAUUGUGAUAUUUUAUGUUGAUCUAUUUUAUGCGUGGGUUAUCGUCGGAUACGUUUCACUUGAUUGUGCUAUUGUUUUUCUAAUAGUGGUAGUUCUGUUAUACUACCCAUUUAUCUACAUUAUCGUUCAUCAUGUUUCUUGCGUCUGUGAUCGUAUUUGUUACUGUUGUCAUGAUUCAAUUGCUGCAGAUGCCAACAGCUGAAUGCUUAUUCAUCAACAGACGAUUUCCUGUGACAGAUACUCUUCACACGCCACAAAAAAGCAUAGGAACGGUUGUUUCAAAGUGUCCUAAAUGCGAUUGUAGAAUAUCAACUCGAAAAAAGAGGGUUGUUGGAGGAAUCGAAGCCAAAGAAAACGAAUUUCCUUCGAGGGUAUCCUUGAGAACAGAAGGCCAGUUGUAUUGCGGAGCUACAGUCAUCACAAAGCAACAUUUGUUAACUGCUGCACACUGCGUGACGAAGUACACUGCAGAAACAAUUGAAGCAUCUUUGGGUGAACGUAAUCGAGAACUAACAUAUGAUGUAAACAAAAAAACAGUACGUAUCAGAGAGAUAAUUCGACACCCGGGAUUUAAUUUGUCAUCUUCAGAUAACGACAUCGCAAUUUUGAAAUUAAACGGCAGGAUAUCAUUCAAUACCUCUCAAAUUCAACCAGCAUGCCUACCAAAUUCUGAAAAUCGAGAUUACACCGGUUACUUUGGCACCAUUUCUGGAUGGGAUCUCACUGAUAAAUGGCAUAAGUCCCUAUCUAACAAGAUGCAGAAAGUAGAAGUUCCUAUCAUUCCGAAUGAAAAUUGUAGGAUUUAUUCUAGUUAUCGAUACUCGGCGAAUCCAAUUACUGAUAACAUGAUGUGCACGGGAUACUAUUUCACAGGACAAAAUGCCUGCAAUGGUGAUAGUGGCGGACCUUUACAAAUCAAACUUGAUGGACUUGGAACCGUGGAAACUGUUGGGAUUGUUUCUUGGGGUUAUAAGUGUGCUCCUCCAUAUUAUUACCCUACCAUCUACACUCGAAUUGAUAGAUAUAGACGUUGGAUACUUGAUAACAUAGGAGACGAAUGUUUAUGUGAAAUUUGAAGAUCAUUAUUGAAAAAUGGUCAUGUAUUUAUAAAGUAGAUAUAUAGGUACUUAUAAUGUUUGAGAAAAUGCAUAUAAAAUGAUUUUUCCCUUACUUUUUGCCUUUAAAAAAAUCAAAAUUGAGAAAAUGUGUAUUAAUGGUACCUAUUUUUUUGUAAUUUCACAAGAAAUUCAAAUAUUUGGACUAUAAUUUUUUUUGGCAAUCUUUGGAGAAUUUGGAUUGUAAAUUUUCGUCAUGCCUUUAUUCAUUGAUUUUUUGGUUCAAUUUACUUGUGCAUAAAUAUGUACUUGAUAUUUUGGUUUGUGAUCUCAUCUUUCAGCAGUAAAAAAUCAAUGCCUUUAGCCUUUAUUGGAUAUUUUCAGAAAGGAUACCUUCUAUGUGAGCUAUGAAAACAAAAUGAAAUUUUGCAAGAAGUCCAAAUAUUUCAACAAAAACAUUUUUGAAUAUUUUUGACAAAUUUGCAGCUCAAAAUUAGGUAGAUGAUGAUUUUAAUACUUCAAUCUGUGAGGUUCAGUUUUAUUGGGCCAAUAGGCUUUUCUUGUUCUCCUCAAAUCUUUGAGGCUUUAAAUUUCAUUGAACCCGUAGGUUUUCAUUGUCUCUCGGAUAUGACUUUUUUUUUUUCAAUUUACCUAUAUCUAUGUGCUUCACAUUGUAUAGUGUUUUAGCUUAUUUUGUACUUUUUUUGAUUUUUUAUUUGAAAAUUCAAUUUUUGUUAAAAUUGUUAACAUUUUUUUAAAAAAUCGUGUAUAUUUGGAUGUUUUUGUUUAUUCAUCUUUAGUUUUAUCUUAGUACCUCUCUAGG